AUGCUACAAACAUGGGAUGCUUCCAGUUUCCAGUUUCUCACUGGUCGCUUUGACCAUGCAGCUUACGUUUCAUCCCAUUCACUUCGGUAAAGGGCCAAGCCGAAGCAUUGCGGCUUCCAGCAGAAUCUAUAAAUCGCAGAGAAAUUAGAUGGUAUAUCUAGAAAGAGUGUCUCAUCUCUGCCUGGUUCUCUACGAGUAAACUCUAUGGACACAAAAGCGGUCUGAGACUAGUACCCUGCCGAAAUUUCGGGCUGAUGCUUUACCUUACCAGCAGUUUGACGCGGCUCAGGACCGUCGCAUAUUUAACAGAGCAGAACUGCAGCACAAACAAAACGCGGUAAGUAACCACAGCGGUCAAUCCCAAAAACAACCCAGAAAUGGAAGGCGUUGAUUCUCACGUCCCUCGCGGCGAAUCAGAUUUACACUCCGAAACCAAUUGUGUGGAAAACGGUGCGGAGGAGAGACGGCCCUGUUGUCUUCUUCGGGUUCUCAAUAGACUUUUCGUAAGUAAAUGAUCUAUACACUGCCAACUAUUUGCUGCAUAUGUGAAGCUAAUAGCUGCAGCAGCGAGGAGCAGCCAAGAUGACUCUUCCCUACAAUAACACCAAGGACUUCGCACAAUUUGAUAUUGAGCGCGAAAAUUUGAGGAAGCAAAUUGACAACGCCACGCAGGAGAGAGAGCAAGCAAAAAGAGAGGUUGAGAAUGCUCUUAAACACACUGAAAACAUUACUCGUGAAAGGAAUGCAUUGAAGACCAGGUGCAAGAACUUACAGAAUGAUAUCAGCAUCGUCUGCAGUCACAAAGAUUUACUGGAAGCGAACGCUAACAAGGCCCUCGAUGAUCUGCAGGCCACUAAUAAAUAUCUGCUUGAAGCAAAAGAUGAGACCCGUAAUCUCGCAUCCAAAUACGACAAAGCAGUUAAGGAUAAGAUAUCUCAAGGUCAAGAGUAUCAAGAAUUGCUCGAAAAGUUUGAAAUACAAAAGAAGGAAAAUUCCGCACUUAAUGAGGAGCUCAAGGUAUUAGAAAUUGGGCGCAUUUCAGUAACGGCGGAAAUCACUACCUUGCAACAGAAUCUGGAAGCAUCCGAGCAACUGAGGCAACAUCAUGAAAUAUUAGCGGCCAGAUUCCGCACUAUUCUUCGCACCCCGAACAUGCUCGAAGUCGACGACACAGUCAUAGCCGAUGAAUUUCGAUGGUUUCGGCUCCAAAUUGAGCACAUUGUGCACACGUAUUACAGCAUGAGCAAAACCCCCUCAGCACCUGAACAUGUCACCUUACGAAACGCGCAAAUGCGUCUUUACCAUAUCUUCGAAGCUGAAUCCAAAGAACAUAGGCUACACGCGCGGAUGAGGGCAUUCAUAUUUCAGCACCUGGAUGAAUCGCUGUUAUUCACAACAUCUUUUGGACUUGAAGAUAAGAACUUGGGCAUGGAACAGGAGCUGAGAAAUUUCGAGUCAUCGUUCAGCGAAGAUCACCCAGGUAUUUGCGUCCACACCUACCUUUCACUAGAUGUACUCUUUUGAGAUACUAAUAGUUGCAGAUCGACACAUUGAACUCGCCAACUGGAGAACCCUCACAAUGAAAUGUGCACAAUACCUCCAACCAGCCAGCCCCAGCCAUCCACCACGUAUAUGCAUGAAUGUCGCUGAAGAUUUUUUGUACUUAUUGGCCCCCCUGCGAACAGAUCCCAAUCAAAAAACCAACCAGCUUAGAGGCGAAUGGCAGGAACUAUGCAUGAGAGCUUUUAAGCUUACCAUGAAACUGAGAACGUGCAAGGACGUAUACCGCUGCGAGAUUCCGAAAUGGGGAGAGGUGCUUCAUGAGGACGACGUUCAACCACAGGCUGCAGUAUACACGGAGAAGUGCAAGAGGAAGACCGAGUUGAACGAUUCGUUUGUCAUUGCAUACGAUAUCACGGGUACGUUGGUAAAAUAUCCCUUUGAGCAACCGGAGAAAAGAGUGGUGGUGGUGAAGCCAUGCGUGGCGGUCCAAGCUCACCCGGAUGAUGGUUGA